AACUCUCAACCCGCUAAUUAUUGGUCCUUUCUUUUUAAGAUCAAACAAUUCGAUUAUUUUCUUGGGCUGUUCCAAUUAGAGGUACAAAUUCAUUUUUGUUUUCGUACUUUGUUCUGUCAAUCGAAUCUUAACUUUACAGUCUUUACUAGUCCUUGAAUUUAAUUUUGUUAACUCGAUUUUGUGCGCAUUGUAUCCAUUUGUUCUUUCUUGAAGAAGUCAUUUCGCUUUAGGUUUUUGGCGUGCAGAUACUGCUGCUUGUUGAUUUUCUAGGUUUUUAUUACUUAGUGCAUUAGUAAAUUCGGAUUAGGAUUAUUUCUGUUUUGAUAGAUGCUCAGAUGUGGAAGUGGAAUUUAUCAGUUGAGGGAUUGAGAUGGAAGCUUAACUUAUUUUCUAGCUGACAGUUAUAUAGGUUUGGUUAAUACUGUGAGUGAGGAUCUCUGUUUGUGUGUAUAUGUGUGUGUGUGUGUGUGUUUUCUGUAUUGUUUGAAACUAGGUUUGUGCUGGAAAUGUAUUUACUGACGCAGUUACCUCAUAGUUUGUGAUGAAUUUGGUAUUUUCUUUUGGCUGAUGCGUGUUAUCUUUUUCUUUUUCUUUUUAUUAUUAUUAUUAGUAUUUUUUUCGAGAAGAGUUUGGAAUAUGUCGCGUAAAGAUGCGGAAAUGAAGUUUAACAGAGAAGAAGACGAGGAAGAUGAUGAUGGAGAAGGUAGGGGACUUGAGGCAUGGGAGAGAACUUACGCAGAUGAGAGAUCGUGGGAGUCUCUGCAAGAAGACGAGUCUGGCCUUCUCCGCCCUAUCGAUAACAAAACGCUUUACCAUGCUCAAUAUCGUCGACGUCUUCGGACCACAACAGCUGCUCGGAUUCAGAAAGGAUUGAUUCGCUAUUUGUACAUUGUUAUUGACCUUUCACGGGCAGCGGGAGAGUCGGAUUAUAAACCUAGUCGAAUGAUGGUGGUUGCUCGACAAGUGGAAGCUUUCAUUAGAGAAUUCUUUGAUCAAAAUCCCUUGAGUCAAGUUGGAUUAGUGACAUUAAAAGAUGGGGUUGCAAAUUGCCUAACAGACCUUGGUGGGAGUCCUGAGUCGCAUAUCAAAGCUUUGAUGGGUAAGUUGACGAGCUCAGGUGAUGCAUCCCUCCAGAAUGGGUUGGAUCUCGUGCAGAGCCUCCUUAACCGAAUUCCUUCAUAUGGUCACCGUGAAGUUCUUAUCUUGUAUUCUGCACUUAGUACUUGUGAUCCAGGAGAAAUCAUGGAAACAAUUCAAAAAUGCAAGGCAUCUAAAAUCAGGUGCUCAGUCAUUGGUCUCUCUGCUGAGCUCUACAUUUGCAAAUAUCUUUGUCAAGAAACUGGUGGAUCAUACUAUGUUGCAUUAGAUGAGUUUCACCUGAAAGAAUUGAUAUUUGAGCAUGCACCUCCACCUCCGGCUAUUGCAGAAUUUGCUGUUGCAAAUUUGAUUAAGAUGGGCUUUCCUCAAAGAGCAGCAGAAGGCGUAAUUUCAAUCUGUUCUUGUCAUAAAGAGGCUAAGGUUGGCGGGGGUUACACUUGCCCCAGAUGCAAAGCUCGUGUUUGUGAAUUGCCGACAGAGUGCCAAAUAUGUGGCCUGACCCUUGUCUCUUCUCCACAUUUAGCCAGAUCGUAUCACCACUUAUUUCCUAUAACACCUUUCGACGAUGUGUCACCAUCAGUCACAAAUAACCCAAGCAAGCUUCCAAAAAAUUGCUUCGGUUGCCAACUAAGUCUUCUAAAUCCUGGAAACAUGCCAGCUCCAUCUGUUUCUUGUCCAAAAUGCGAGCAAUUCUUUUGCCUCGACUGUGACAUAUACAUUCACGAGAGCCUGCAUAAUUGCCCAGGUUGUGAGAGCUUCAGGCAUUCUAAAUCAGUCGCUACUGUGGCGUGAUGACUGACAUGGCUUGCAGCCAACGGUUGGCUGUGAAAACCUUGGUAUGAGAGUGGUCAUUCAUGUCAUCUUAAAGCAGUUUUAUUAAGCUUUUCCUGCCGCUCAGCACCAUGCGAUGGCAAGAGCAUUGACUAGAUGAUGGUGUUAUCAAUUUUGUUCAAAAUUUAUUCUUCAUGAGUUAACCGCAGCUUAAAGAUGAUUCUAUACUUGUACCCUUUCAUGAAUCUGGAUGAUAUACUAAACAAAUAGUAGUCACCAAUUAUGACA